AAAAGGGGCGUUUGCUUGAGGUAAGACUACUUAGCACGUUGGUGUGUAGUACGAGCGAAUCGAUCGAUCCAUCGAUCGAUGGCCGGCGUUUAAAAGGAAGGUUACGAUGGGUGGCACCAUGAAGCUUUGACUUCAGAAACAGAAGGUUGAUAUACCAUAAAUAUUGAUUGGUCUUAAGGUGACCAGCAACCAUAGUGAAGAAACCUCACAGGAGCUCUUUUCUCCUGUAAUUACCUUAUCACAAAACCAAUCAUGUAUGGAAGUGCUCGAUCAGUUGGUAAAAUUGAGCCAAGUAACCAGAGUCCUGGGCGUUCACCAAGACUGCCACGAUCGCCACGGCUGGGCCAUCGUCGAACCAACAGUACAGGAGGCAGCUCUGGAAGUAGUACUGGGGGUGGCAGUGGCAAAACGCUUUCUAUGGAAAAUAUCCAGUCCUUAAAUGCUGCUUAUGCCACUUCAGGCCCUAUGUACCUAAGUGACCAUGAGAAUGUGGGUGCAGACACACCUAAAAGCACCAUGACUCUUGGCCGAUCUGGGGGGCGUCUGCCUUAUGGUGUUAGGAUGACUGCUAUGGGUAGCAGCCCCAACAUUGCCAGCAGUGGGGUUGCCAGUGAUACUAUUGCAUUUGGAGAGCAUCACCUUCCUCCUGUGAGCAUGGCAUCCACAGUGCCUCAUUCACUGCGGCAGGCUAGGGACAAUACUAUAAUGGACCUGCAGACACAGCUCAAGGAAGUGCUGCGGGAAAACGAUAUAUUGCGCAAGGAUGUAGAGGUGAAAGAAAGCAAACUUAGUUCCUCCAUGAAUAGUAUCAAGACAUUCUGGAGUCCUGAGCUAAAGAAGGAAAGAGCCUUGAGGAAAGAUGAGGCAUCCAAGAUAACUAUUUGGAAGGAACAGUAUCGAGUUCUGCAAGAAGAAAACCAGCAUAUGCAGAUGACAAUUCAGGCUCUUCAAGAUGAGCUUAGGAUCCAGAGGGACCUGAACCAACUUUUCCAGCAGGACAGCAGUGGUAGACCUAAUGAACCUUUUGUAGCAGAACUUACAGAGGAAAACUUUCAGCGGCUUCAUGCAGAGCAUGAACGCCAGGCCAAGGAACUCUUCUUGUUACGCAAAACUUUGGAAGAAAUGGAGCUGCGCAUUGAAACUCAGAAGCAAACCCUAAAUGCUCGUGAUGAGUCCAUCAAAAAGUUACUGGAAAUGUUGCAGAGCAAGGGGCUCUCUGCAAAAGCCACAGAAGAGGAUCAUGAGAGGACCAGGCGGUUGGCAGAGGCAGAGAUGCACGUGCACCACCUGGAGACCUUACUGGAACAGAAGGAGAAGGAGAACAACUUAUUAAGAGAGGAGAUGCAUCGUCGUUUUGAAAAUGCUCCUGACUCAGCCAAGACUAAAGCUUUGCAGACAGUUAUAGAAAUGAAGGACUCUAAGAUCUCCUCCAUGGAGCGCGGACUCAGAGAUCUGGAAGAAGAGAUUCAGAUGUUGAAAUCAAAUGGAGCCCUCAGCACAGAAGAACGUGAGGAAGAAAUGAAACAAAUGGAAGUGUAUCGUAGCCAUUCCAAAUUCAUGAAAAAUAAGGUAGAGCAACUGAAGGAAGAGCUAAAUGCCAAAGAGGCUCAAGGGGAGGAGCUGAAAAAAAGAGUGGCUGGUCUUCAGACUGAGAUUGGUCAAGUGAAACAGGAGCUGUCACGCAAAGACACUGAGCUGCUGGCCUUACAGACAAAGUUGGAAACUCUCACAAACCAGUUUUCAGACAGCAAACAACAUAUUGAUGUCCUCAAAGAGUCCCUCACAGCUAAAGAGCAGAGAGCUGCCAUUCUGCAAACAGAGGUGGAUGCUCUGCGGUUACGUCUGGAAGAAAAGGAGACAAUGCUCAAUAAGAAGACAAAGCAGAUUCAGGAGAUGGCUGAAGAAAAAGGAACUCAAGCUGGAGAGAUUCAUGACCUCAAGGAUAUGCUAGAUGUGAAAGAACGCAAAGUGAAUGUUCUUCAGAAAAAGAUUGAAAAUCUUCAGGAACAGUUAAGAGACAAGGAGAAACAGAUGAGCAGUUUAAAAGAGAGAGUAAAAUCCUUGCAGGCUGAUACCACCAACACCGAUACUGCCUUGACCACAUUGGAGGAAGCCCUUGCAGAGAAGGAGCGUACUAUCGAGCGCCUGAAAGAGCAACGUGACAGAGAUGAGCGGGAAAAACAGGAGGAGAUUGACAACAAUAAAAAAGAUAUUAAGGAUCUAAAAGAGAAGGUCAGCGUGCUGCAAGGAGAUCUGUCAGAGAAAGAGGCUGCAUUGCUGGAUCUGAAGGAGCAUGCCUCGUCUUUAGCAUCAUCAGGAUUGAAGAAAGACUCUAGGUUGAAGUCACUUGAAAUUGCCUUGGAACAGAAAAAGGAAGAAUGUUUGAAACUGGAAUCUCAGCUGAAAAAGGCUCACGAAGCAACCCUGGAGGCUAGGGCCAGUCCAGAGAUGAAUGACCGAUUCCAGCAGUUAGAGAGAGAAGUGAUGCGACAUCAGGAAGAAUCCACUAAGGCUCAAGCAGAGGUGGAUCGUCUGUUGGAAAUCCUGAAGGAGAUGGAAAAUGAGAAGAACGAUAAAGAUAAGAAGAUAGCAGAAUUGGAAAGGCAAAUUAAAGAUCAGAAUAAAAAGGUAGCAAAUCUGAAGCACAAAGAACAAGUUGAGAAAAAAAAGAGCGCGCAGAUGUUGGAAGAAGCCAGGCGGCGGGAGGACAAUCUUAACGACAGUUCUCAGCAACUGCAGGACAAUCUACGUAAGAAAGAUGAUCGGAUUGAGGAACUGGAAGAAGCACUGAGAGAGAGUGUACAAAUAACAGCAGAGCGGGAAAUGGUACUGGCACAAGAAGAAUCUGCCAGGACACAUGCUGAAAAACAGCUGCUAAACGAAAGAAUGCAUGAGGUCAAUCAUUUAGGCUAUAAAUGGCUCAAGGUAGAAGAGUUGAUGAUGGCUAUGGAGAAAGUGAAACAAGAACUAGAAUCAAUGAAGGCAAAGCUCUCCUGUACUCAACAAUCUCUGGCUGAGAAGGAAACCCACUUGACCAAUCUGCGGGCUGAGAGGAGAAAACACUUGGAGGAGGUCCUAGAAAUGAAGCAAGAAGCCCUUCUAGCUGCCAUUAGUGAAAAAGAUGCCAACAUUGCUUUGCUGGAGCUCUCGUCCUCCAAGAAAAAAACGCAAGAUGAAGUGGCUGCCCUAAAACGAGAGAAAGACCGCUUGGUGCAACAGCUAAAGCAGCAGACACAAAAUCGCAUGAAAUUGAUGGCAGAUAAUUAUGAUGAUGACCACCUCAAAUCAUCAUCUCAUUCCAACCAAACUAAUCAUAAACCCUCCCCAGAUCAGGUAAUUCAGCCUCUUUUAGAUCUUGAUCAGAAUCGCAGCAAGUUGAAGUUGUAUAUUGGACAUUUGACAGCCCUGUGCCAUGACCGGGACCCCCUGAUUCUCCGUGGACUCACCCCGCCUGCAUCCUACCACCUGGAUGACGACCAUGCAGCUUGGGAAAAGGAGCUGCAGAAGAUGACAAUGGAGCAGCUUCGUGAAGAGCUGGAGAGAGGUGAGAGGGACAGUGCGGAGCUGCAAGAGUUUGCCAACGCCAUUCUACAGCAGAUAGCCGAUCACUGCCCUGACAUCCUGGAGCAAGUCGUCAAUGCCCUUGAGGAAUCAUCAUGACCAGAAUCGAUGCAUGGCCCGCCAGGAGAAGCAUGCCCAGGGGCCAAGCCCAGCCAGUCCAAGGAGUCGUGGGGAUGAAGAAAAGCAUGAGGGGAGAAACCAGGACAGGAACUUUUGGUGCACCUUUUUAUAAAAACAAAAACUGAACUGAACUGGUAUCUCAGCUCUUCCAGUCUAGAAGUUCUGAAUCAUGCCUGCAUUCAUCUUCUCACUGCCUUUUUAACUUUGGAAUAUACUGCCCAAUUACCUUUUCCUGCUGGCUUUUGGGAUGUCAGCUCAGAAAUUUGCUGGGCCCAGUAAACACAGGAGUGGCAAUAUUUUGGGUGCAGCUAGUUCUGGUGGUUCGUAAGGUGGUGGCAAUAGAGCACUUGCCUUCACUGUAUUUCCCAGUUGGAUGGGGGAAGCUGAGCAUGCUCCAGUAGUGGCCAGCACCAGUUUAGCUUGCUUGGGAUUGGCUACCUGUGUCUGCACAAAUGUUUUACCUUGAAAGGGGAAGAGAAGUUAUCAUAGAGGGAGGGAACCCCUUGUUCUCAGCAGUCGUGACAAAUAAGCAAGGAUGCAGAAUGUUAUCAUGUAAGAUCUUCAUCAUAUUGGGAGCUGUAUUUUUGUUUACCAAAUGGGCCCUGAAAUGCUGGCCGCUGUUUCCUUUAAUUGGCUUCCUUUAUCUGUCAUUUGUAGUCAUUUAUCUCCUCUGUUUAUCUUUGCAUUCGUGGGAUGCUUUCUUCAUGCUUGACUUUUUAAACAGUUUCUUGUUUUACUUCUUGAACCGUGCCUAGUAGCAGAGUACUAAAUAUGGUCACACCUAAUGCUUUACCUUCCCUAAAACACCGCAAGCUGAUUAGUAAGUCCAAAAUAGUUUCUCUAAAUGGCAUCCUGUUCACAAAGCCAAAGUAACGGCCUGGAUAGGAAUCUGAAUAUUCGUAUGUUUUGCACUAAUUGUGAACAUACUUUUAUGCCUGUGCAGUGUACUAGUUUUAUGCAUAGUGUCAUUCUGCAGGUAUUCAACAGAGCAAUUCUGGUGUCACUGUAUUCUACCUUGGAGGAACUAACUCUUUCUGUAGGUUCUCAGAGUUAAUGUUUGAGUUUUCCAGCUCAUAGAGGGAAGUUCCCACAGUGUAGUUCCCUUGACCCUGCAUUCCAGGUUGGUAAGAUAGACCCUUGAAAGCUUUUUUCCACCUUGUUUCAGAGGCUAUGCCAAGUAUAUUAAAGAAUACUUUCCACUACCUUGUAUUUUACUCUCUUCCACUUGUAUUUCCCCCACCCACCCACCAAAUCUGGCAACUCAUAUCCUAGGGCAGAGUAUAUAUAUGAAGGUAAUCUCUGAAAGUUAGCAGUCCUGUUAUAGUACUGCCAUUUUAUUGUAAAGGGAUGCAAAGGGGCCAUCCAGUGCCAGUUUGUUUCAGAGAUGUUCAACUUCUUCCCUUUUUAGCAGCUGCAUGCGGGGGUACCUUGAGGUGCUUGAGAAAGGAGGUGCAACAUAAGUAAGCUUAAGUUUGUCUUCUCCUCUGGUGUUCUAAUGAGAAAUAUACAUUGCGCCUUAUGGUUUUUGGAGAUUGGGGGUGGUAGUUUUAAAACUGACGGCAGUAAUAGCCUGUGGCCGAUGCUUUUCGUCACAGAGCAAUAAAAUGGGUGGUGGUUGGGGGGAGACCUGAUUGUUCCCAAGGUCGAAAUAGCCUUUACCGGAAGGCAUGCAGACAGUGACUGUACACACCACCGAGCCAUGCCUCAUACCAGAGCCACGCCUUUGGCCCUGUUGUUUGAAUCAGCGCAUUUUGAUAGGAGCUUCUGUUUUGAAAUCUCCCUUCCAGCUUCUUCUUUUUUGUCCCUAAUUACUCACUGUAGGAAUUUAAUGCUGCCUGUAAAACUAUCACAGCCCUUCAGGCCUAACAUCUUCCCACCACCACCACUCCCUGGCUAUCCCAUUAAGUUAUAUGGUUGGGUCUCCAGCUGCCCUUGUUCCCUGCUGUAAAACAAUCCACUCUCUCUGUGGGAGAAGCUGUGGAAUUUUCCUUAUCGGUGAUUGAAAUGACUGAUGCUUGUAAACCUCUUAUGUGAGAUGCUUCUUGAUAGCAUUUGCUUUUGUGAAGAGUAGGAAGGGGAGCCGGUCAGAGAUAGUUGCUUGUGGUUGCUGCUACAUCCCCCCAUGUGUUUAUUGCGCUGCCCAUAUAUCGCAGUUCUCCAUUCUAGUAUUUCUGGAGUCUUUAACUCAGCUGCCACCAUGUGGCUCUGCUAAUGUGGGGACACACACACACACACAACCCUGGAAUUGCUUUAGCAGACACAUGCCCUUCCUAGCACAGUGUGUGCAAGACUGACUGCAAUGAAACCUUGAUAACACCCAUUGUUUACACUCUGCUUCACUCACAGCAUGUUUUCUGGAAGGAUUUGUAGAGCAGAGCUGGUUCCCACGCUGGCCAUUUGGUUGCUGUUUGAGCCCUUUCCCCUCCAUCUCCAAAUCUGGAUUAUGUCUGUCUUGCAACUUCUCCCUAUUUCUCUCUCUCUCUCCCUCACACACACACACACAGAGAAAGAGAGAGAGUACAACUUUUCCACCUAUUUCUGUGAACUUAGUCCUGCCACCCCAAAGCUCAUUCUAAGCCUUAUCAGUAAAGAGGUUUCAGAAAGAGCAAAGCAAUAUUUUACCUUAAUAGUCGAGCAUAUUUAGAUUUAGCAGCGAUGAACCAUUGGUGGAUGAUCCUCUUGAUGCUAUUUGGGUAGUAGUGAUGCCUCACCAUAUUUCUUUAGGAACUUUGAGACCGUAAAUACAAGGUUUUGAUCAUGUCAGUGGUGCUGAACAUGGCCUCUUUCAACAUUUCCUUUAACGUAGCAUAUGAGACAGCUGACUUCCUUGGAAGUCAAGUUGACGUUGACUUCACUAUGAAAUUGUAUACUAGCAUGCUCGUGAGAAGGGAUUAUAGAUAUUUGUGGCCACCUGAUUGCCAGUACAGCAAUCGCAGAUGUUUGUUCCUUGACAACUAAGAUUCAUCACCUAUGUUCAGUAAAGAUGGCUCUGAACAAGUGUGCCACAGUUGUAUCAUUCUGAUCGCUUUGCUUCUGGGUCCAGCAUUCAAGAAUAUUCUCUUAUCCAAUAUACCUUGAUUUGUGCUUGCCACAUUAAUGGAAGUUUUAUUUGCUGAUUUGUAAUGAACUUGGCUUUAUUUAAGCAGUGUAUGUUUCCUUUUUCAGGCUGUAAUAAUGUUAAACAUCAAAAAGGUUUAUAAACUGCAGGAAUCCUCCAUAGAAGAGGAAGAUGGGACAAUUCAUCUUACUUUGUGUAUAAGAAAUCAGAUAAAUCAGAAAUCAGGUUAAAAUCUUAGUGAUCCUCAAGAAUGCAAAUUCUUAUUCCAAAAUCACCAAGGCCAGAAGGUAAUCCUGAUGUGAACACUGUAAAUCAUAGAAUUGCAAUAUGACACUAGCUAACAACAUAUAAGAAAAGAAUUAAUGUAGGCACAACUAGAUGAAAUAGGUUUCUAGUGUGUUGGGUCUGUUACAAUUAUUAUUGUGGUCAUUUUUUUGUUUUAUCACUCAGCAAUGCCAAAUGCUCUCUGGAAAUCCCAAACCUCAACAACAAUUAAAUGAAUAACAUUAUGAUGAGACACUAUAAUGUGUGCCAUCAAAUAUCAUUUAGAGAAAGGAAAAAGCCAAUCAGGUAUAGCUCCAGGAAACUUUUCAUCCCAGGGGAUUUUCUCUGUGUAUUUUGUGAGUGAGUUGUGAAUAUUUUGUCAUGGGAAUUUUAGACAUUUGUUUCCAUCCACUCUGAUUUUUAAGAGGUACUCCACUUGAGAAAAUUCUUGUUAUCUUGCGGGGGCAGGGGUGGGGAAUUACUGAAAUACCAUUUUUCUCCUGACUCAUACGCUGUUGUGCUUCUGUGCCAUUAAAUUUUUCUUCUCGAAAGGUAGAGGGGUGACUUUUUUAAAAAGAAAGAAAGAAAAAAGAAACUGGUUUCUAUUUUAAGUAUAGUUUCCCUGGCAUCACUAUAGUUUAAGUUCUUGCAGUGACUUUAACGGAGUAUCUUUCAGUCAAAGUGCAUGGGGUUUGAAGGAACCUUUUCAGAAAACCUUGCAGCAAAAGAAAUGGAAAGCAGAGUGCUCUGAAUUGAAUAACACUGCCCCAAUGAAGCUAGUGGGGUGGGGAAGUCAGGCAGUGGGUGUUUGAGGGCUGCCAGAAUUGACAAGACAGAUUCUUCUCUUGCCAAUCGCUCAGUCUUCUCAGUUCAGCAGGUGCUGUUUUUAUAAAAAAAAGAUAUUUUUUAACUUUUUUCCAUUUAAGUAAAGGAAGCCUUAUCCUUCUGAACAAAAUGGCUGUGUCUGCUGAUCUUUUUUUUAAAAAAAGAAUAAAACCGUUUCCAAACUUUUUAGUGUCAAAAGCAUAAAAGUAAGAAUAAUGACUUUUUUCCAGUAUGUGUGGCGAGUGCUGUAACCUGUCAUCAUUGGUAUUUCUCCCUUGACUUUUUCAGGGUUUUUUGUUUUUUAAAAAGAAAAUUCCUGUUUUGUUCUCUGCUUGUCGAUUAUUGUCUAUGUAGUCCUUGGGCUGGGGCAGUUACUGACAAUGUGUGUCUGUUGUUCGAUUUACUUUUUAAAAAGAUAGAAGUAGAAAUGAAAAUAAAAGUUGUGUUUAAAAAAAAUAUAAACAUUUAAUGUAUCAUCCAAAGGAAUUCAAAAUAUGAAAAGGCAAAGUUCUGGAUUCCUCCUCCCAGUUUCUGUAAGGACAUGGAUUUUAUUUUAUUUUUAUUUUAGUCUCAUGGGUACCUCUCAGUUGCCUUUGACAGACCAAGGAAGACCAAACCAGUGUGGCCUUUUAAGAAUGUUAUUAACUCUUGGCUUUUAACGCUCUGCUGAAUGGACUCCUUUUAAAAUGCAGAAAGGGGCAACAAUUGGCUACUCUUUGCUAGCCACUAGUCCUUGUGGAUAGCCCUGGGGGCUGUAAUACUGCAGUUUUGGCUUAAGAUUUGAGAUGUAUUAGAGCAUAGUUGCAUACACAGUAGCCCUAGCUGUGUCUCAUGCAAUCUGCUUAGCAUUUCUCAAUGCACCUUCAGCUCUGCCGGUGCCAGUUUACAUGUGUGGUUAUUUUGUACCCACCUGCUUUUGAAAACAUUCCUCUAGAAUUUCUUGGGUUGUUGGGCUUGUUUGUUUUUUUAAUCAAAGAGGUUUUUGUAGUUCUUUUAUAUAUUACUGUGUUAAAAUAUCUGGACUUAAAGGAAUAUGGAAAACAUAAAAUCCAUGUAUUAUAGAUACACUUCAUGUUGCUACUGGUCACAUCUAUUAACAUGAAGGUACUUAAAAAAAAAAAGGAUUAAUUUGAGGAAAUAGCUAUAAUAAUUUCAGUUUGAGGUUUCCAAUAUUCCAAUAGCGGGAUCUCUGUGACUGACAGCUAUUCCAGCUGGCAUCCCAAGUUGGAAAAAUACUAGCAUCUAAUCUUUCUCUUGGAGCAUGCUCCUUAAUGUGGGAUCUGAAUGCUGAGCUACAUUUAACUGACAUUGCUCCAUUAAUCUGUCUUCCCCAUUGACCUUUCCUCUUCAUCAGUUUGCUCAGGUCAUGAUUUAGGUGGUCAUUAAUUCACUCACCUGAGUUUUGAGAAGACCUGUUUGUGUUGAGACAGUGUCUAAAGUCCUGUGUUUCGAAUUGCCCUCUGUUCAUCAGGCUUUGGUGCUUACCCGAUGUUCCCUUUUAGGUUCUGAGGGGUGAUGAAAUAAAUAGGAUUAUAUUCCCCCCACACACAAAAAAAACCCCUCCUUUUAUAAUUCCAUAUGACAUGAUAUUCAUCCAUACUUGCCAAAACAGUAUUCUUGCUUCCCUAGGGUUCAUCUCAUGCUAAAAGUUAAAUGCCAAUUUCUGGUUUUCUAGAUUAUUCAUUAAGGCAGCGGACUGUCAUAUCGAGUGAGAAAUCAUAGGAAGUCCUCUAUUCUCCCCCACCAUCCCACUACAGACGGCAAUCUUUUAUCUACUUGGGAAAGUGGUAUGUUGCACUUUAAUGGAGGAGGAGACCGGCUUUGCAUAUGUAGUCCUGACAUACUUUGAGUUCCUUCUGGAAGCCGCAGCAGCGGGAGGGGAUAGAUGUCUGUGAUGCAAGUGCGCAAGCUGCCUUCAACUUGUACGUGUUUUAUUGAUGGAGUCAUGUUACUGACAGGAUAAUGAAUUGCAAAGAAAAUCGUGUUAUAUAUUCAAUUUUGCCUUGAUAAUAUAAACACUUUUGUUCCUUUUUUCUUCUUUUUUUAUUCACAAACUAAGUUCAUCAGGAAAUUAUAAAAUUAUUUAAAAGCA